ACUGCCACAAUAAUAAGAGGUCCUCAGAUAAUAUCUGAGGAUAGGUUUUAAUCUCAUUUUGUAUGGUUCAAAGUUAUUUGAAUCUUAGUUAAAGAAGUGAUAUUAAUAUUUGAGUAAAGAGAGUUCUUAUGUUGUAGACUAGUUAUAAAUGGAUAGUGAAAAAUGAACUUACAAAAUAUGUUCGGAAUAAAACUUAGGUGGUUACUGCUGCUGUUCUUGGUCAAGUCUACAAAAGGCGUGAAACUCCUCGAAGCGAAUCCCGACGUGAAGCGCCUCUAUGACGACCUCCUCAGCAACUACAACCGGUUAAUACGACCGGUGAUGAACGUGAGCGACAUACUGACAGUGCGACUUGGGCUGAAGCUGUCGCAGUUGAUGGAGGUCAACCUGAAGAACCAAGUGAUGACGACGAAUUUGUGGGUGGAACAGAAAUGGUACGACUACAAACUCCAGUGGAAUCCUGAGGAGUACGGCGGUGUGGAGAUGCUGUAUGUACCGUCAGAACACCUGUGGCUGCCCGACAUAGUGCUGUAUAACAACUGGGAUGGGAAUUAUGAGGUGACUCUCAUGACGAAAGCCACUCUCAAGUAUACCGGCGAGGUGAACUGGAAGCCGCCCGCGAUCUACAAGUCGUCGUGUGAGAUCAACGUCGAAUACUUCCCGUUCGACGAGCAGACUUGCUUCAUGAAGUUUGGAUCUUGGACUUAUAAUGGUGCCCAGGUAGACCUAAAGCACAUGGACCAGGUAGCCGGCAGCAGCCUGGUGCACGUCGGCAUCGACCUGUCGGAGUUCUACCUGUCGGUGGAGUGGGACAUCCUGGAGGUGCCCGCCACAAGGAACGAGGAGUAUUACCCCUGCUGCCCGGAGCCUUUUUCAGACAUAACAUUUAAGCUAACAAUGAGGAGGAAAACCUUGUUCUAUACAGUAAACCUUAUAAUUCCAUGCGUGGGACUAACGUUUUUGACAGUACUCGUUUUCUAUCUACCCUCAGACUCUGGAGAAAAGAUAUCGUUAAGCAUCUCGAUACUGGUUUCGCUGACCGUGUUUUUCCUGUUACUGGCCGAAAUUAUACCGCCCACGUCCCUAGCGAUUCCACUUUUAGGGAAAUACUUGCUGUUCACAAUGAUACUGGUGUCGCUAAGUGUGUGGAUGACGGUGUGUGUGCUAAACGUACAUUUUAGGUCCCCAUCCACUCACACCAUGUCUCCCUGGAUGAAGAAGCUGUUCCUGCAGCUCAUGCCCAAGCUGCUGAUGAUGAGGAGGACCAAGUACUCGCUGCCGGACUACGAUGACACCUUCGUUUCUAACGGAUACACCAAUGAGCUGGAAAUGAGCAGGGACAGUCUAACGGAUACCUUCGGCAAGGAAGACGGGGAGUACCGCAAGUCCCCCGCGCCAGAGGACAUGCUCGGCGCCGGCGCGCAACGCCCGUCAGGUGAGACUGAUUCAUUGUCUGUGUCCACUCACGACCGCCAAUCUUCAGUGACGGAAUCUGAGAAUAUGCUCCCGCGCCACCUGUCCCCCGAAGUAGCGGCCGCGUUGCAGAGCGUCCGUUUUAUCGCGCAGCACAUCAAGGACGCUGAUAAGGAUAACGAGGUGGUUGAAGACUGGAAGUUCAUGUCCAUGGUCCUCGACCGGUUCUUCCUCUGGCUCUUCACCAUCGCCUGCUUCGUGGGAACCUUCGGCAUCAUCUUCCAGUCCCCCUCGCUCUAUGACACCAGGGUACCGGUAGACCAGCAGAUCUCGUCCAUCCCGAUGAGGAAGAACAACUUCUUCUAUCCGAAGGAUAUUGAGACUAUCGGUAUUAUUAAUUAAGUUCGGUAAGUGGUGUUGCCAAUAUGGAAAUGGAAGCAACUAUAUGGCCCAAGAGCCAGCGCCAGCCAGACUUUCGUCAGCUUUAUACUUUAUCGAAGGUUAGGUAGACUAAAGUAACUGUGACCCAAACUUCAUAGUUGCUGGUUAUUCUUGUCUCUAUAGGCAUCAUAAACAAGUAAACUUUCAGCUUUUAAAAAAAGAUUAAAGACUGGCUGUCGCUGGCUCUUACUCUAACAGACAUUAAUGUCAGUUCACAUUUCAAUGUGACGCUAGUAUUUUUGAAUGCACCAUUAAAAGUUAGAACAGGCAGCCCGACACUGCAAGCGGCUAGUCUGCCAAUUAAAUGUGUAUCUUCUCGCAUAGUAAACAAGGUUCAGAGUUAAAUAUCACAUCGAAUCGCUUCAUCACGUUGCUAUGAGAACUUACUAUUUACCUGAAUUUGGAACAAAAUGAUGUUGAUAAAUUAACAAAUAAUUUUACAGUAAAUAAAAUAAUAAUUAUUAUGACUCUUUCAUCAGCUGAUGGCAAAUCUAAAUUUAGUUUAAGAGGCCAGUGAGCAGAAAAACAUGCAUGAAUGUCUCCCGGCCAAGCACCAUUAGACAAUAGAUUCAUCUAAAAAUAUACAUGGAAAAUAUAUGAAUGUGGAAAGUAUACUAACA